UUCUCAUUCAAUUCCCUCCAAAAUGAUGGGGGCAUUAAAAUGUUAAGCGCGUCAACAAACAAAACCACCCAAAAUAGUCGGCCGUGACAACGUCGUCUCAAUCCUAUUCUUAGUUAUAACUUCCUUCUAUCUCUUCUCUAUCCUCUUUAUAUACACAGCCACCUAAGUUGUCAUACAUUCCUCGAGAAUUUUCAGUCUGUCAUUGUUCCAUUUCAGGAUUACGUUGCUGAGCUGAUUCUACGGAUUUACUUAAUUUUCUUCGUAGAUUCAGAGAAUUGAAUAGAGUGAUUAUAGUUCGGUUAAUUAAUAAGUGUGUGCAUGGCGCAACUACCGCCCAAGGGCCCCUCCAUGACGCAGAAUUGGCCGCCGUCGUCUUUUCCGUUCCAAGCAAUGCCGCUGCCGUCCUCAGCGGCGGCGCAGCAGAAUCCUUGGGUGGAUGAGUUCCUCGACUUCUCCUCCGCCAGGAGAAACUUCCACCGCCGCUCCGUCAGCGACCCCAUCGCGUUCGUGGAGGCUCCGUUCAUGGACGAAUGCCGCGGCGGCGCGUUGAUGACGUGCAACAACGUCAUCAACGGUAACAGCACCGCCAACCACGCGUUUGACAGGCUGGAUGACGAGCAGCUGACGUCCAUGUUCCCCGACGAAUCCGCCGCCGCGAUGGCCACCGCCGCUCCGUCGUCUAAUCCUUCCAGUACCAAUCCUUCGACGCCGUCAUCGGAUCAAAUCAGCGAAAACGAGGAAAAACCCCAAACCCGGCCCGGCGAAGUUCAGCCCAAGAAUGAACCGGGAGAGGUGGUUGACAGCUCAUACAAAACCCAACCGGUUCAACCCGCCACAAGACCUUCGACCGCCAAUGAUUCCGGAGAUACUUCCAAUGCCAUAGUAGAUCCAAAGAGGAUUAAAAGGAUUUUGGCCAAUCGACAAUCGGCUCAGAGAUCAAGAGUCAGAAAGCUGCAAUACAUUUCAGAGCUAGAAAGGAGUGUAACCACAUUGCAAACUGAGGUAUCGGCAUUGUCACCAAGGGUUGCGUUUCUGGACCAUCAAAGGCUGAUUCUAAAUGUGGAUAACAGUGCUCUUAAACAGCGGAUUGCAGCCUUGGCUCAAGAUAAAAUUUUCAAAGAUGCUCACCAGGAGGCGUUGAAGAAGGAGAUAGAAAGGCUGAGGCAGAUCUACCAUGAACAGAAUCUGAAGAAGACGACUGCCGGUAACAAUGGCGGCGGCGAAGAAGAAGCGGCGGCGGCGGCGCAACAAGAUGAGUUGCAGCAGCCGUGAUGAAGAUGAAGAAGAAGAUGCGGUGCACUGUGCUAAACUGCGCCAUCACGUGGCAUGUUCCCAUCCCAUCCCAUCGAAGCUUUUUUUUUUAUUUUAUUUUUUUUAUUAAAUCUAAAAUAGUUGAUGGUGGGCCAUGUCCCUGUCAGUAGCUUUGGUAGUAGAUUGAUUGCUCUGUGUUUCAAGAACCCACAUGAUAUGAGUGGGGAUAACCAACAUUUCAUUUUCAUUUUCAUUAUUAGGGAGGGUAUUGCUUCUUUUCUUUUCUUUUGUUUUCCACUUUUUUUUUUUCUUUGACGUUAGAUUUAAUAUUGAAUUCGUUAAUUGGUUCGUUGGGGUAUGUAACGUAACCUUAGCCUGUAUGUAAUGGGAUGAAAAGGGUUAUGACGUUUGUGUACUUACGUUGUUUAAUGUUGUGGAGCAUGGACCGUUAUUACUUAUUAUUCAAGCCCGCAAAGGGUCAAAAGUUUUGUAUU